GGCGCUGGCCCUGGCAGGCGGCAUGGUCGUGGCGCUCCGGGCCUGGGCCCGCCUGCGGAGCCGUGUCGCGCUGCCCGCUCGCUCUGUAGCCGCCGCUGCCGAUCAGGGUAAAGGACACAGUAAGCAGAUCCUGGUUCUGGGUCUGGAUGGGGCUGGGAAGACUAGCAUUCUCCACUCUCUGGCAAUUAACCACGUCAAGCGCAGCGUGGCUCCCACCGAAGGUUUCAAUGCAAUCUGCAUCUACACCGAAGAGUCCCAGAUGGAUUUUCUGGAGAUUGGGGGCAGUGAAUCUCUUCGUUCUUACUGGAAGAUGUACUUGCCCAAAGUGCUGUUGCUGGUCUAUGUCGUGGACUCGGCUGAUCAUGCCCGACUGCCUAUGGCGAAACAGCUGCUUCAUCAACUAAUCCAGAAUAAUUCCACCCUGCCUGUGGUAGUUUUGGCCAACAAACAGGACCUCAAAGUGCCAUCUUAUACAUCUUACACACCUGUAAGCCCACGCAGCAGGAUACAUGUACUUGCAGAACCCAAGCCAGUAUUUUGUGAAAGCAGUCCCAGGCUUGUAUGGGGAGACCAAGAGACGAUAUGGACCCUCUCAUGGGGUGCUUUGACAGCUCAACCAUCUGCAAGAAUAUUGUCUCUGUCCAAGCCCAAGAAAGAUUUUAGCAAGUACGAGUGCAGGUGCAGACCAGUAAUUGGUGGGCGUGCCCUGCUGGCAAAGUUUGGCUACCCUUCUGAACGGCUGCUGAGGUUGGCUGAACCUAAAAAAUACCUCCCUGCUUACCUGGAGAAAAGAGCCCGUGAAUCUCCUGAGUGGCCCGUGUCCCUGGCUGCACGGAACUAUAAUGCCUCCCAGCGGAUACUGGAGCUUGCCCAGCCAAAGGGGCUGCACCCAGACUUCAUGCCAGCCAGAGAGGUUUCCAGGUCACCUCAGAAGGCAAUUGCGAGCCCUCGGACCAUUGAGCUGUCAAAACCAAAACAACUCCAUGCUAACUACACGCCCCCGCGGGAUCCUGAGUGGCCUGUGACAGAGGCUGCCAAGCGUGCAGUGGCUACACCAAGGGUUCUGGAGCUGGCCCAGCCUAGUACAAGACCUCGUAUGGGCUUGGCUACACUCAACCCAGAUGCAUUCAGAGUGAAGGGGACUGCUAUGAAGGCAGCUUGUUCUCCACGGCUCCAAGAACUAGCUCGACCAAUUCAGCGCUAAGCUCCCUCAGAAGUGCCUGCCAUCUGCCCACAUCACCCCUUGGAACAUCACUCUCUCUGGGCUGUGCUGUGGCUGGAAAAUCUCCUUGAACACAGUGCAGAGGCAGCACUCAGCAGGAACACUUUCUGGGAGUUAAAUAAAAUUAUAAUUCCUUAAGAAUAGUCAUCAGGGAAAAUUAACAGAAUUCGACCUAAUGUGGGAAGACUCUCUCCCUAGGAUGGGUUACAUCUGGAGUUUCUCUCUUGAUUGUUUUGCUGUAAUAGUUUAAGAAGUAAUGAAAACUGUUGGGGGAAGACAGCACAGGAACUGUCCUUUCAUGCAGAGAAGUGUGGCAAACCAAACCCAAGAGGGUGCAGUAAGUUGAUGCAACACAACUCCUGACACUCAAACAGAAGUGACAGAAGUAGAAAUACAAAAGGCUACGAUGUAUGUUGAGUUGGCUUGGAUUUGGGGCCUGUUUUCUUGAAUGCCUGGAGAAUAGGGAGAUCCAGUUAUGUAGGUGGGUUAAAGCUCUGUGGUUCAGAUACUCAGUUAUGUGACGCUGGGCAAAAUAAGAGAAUUCUGCACUGGGAUUUUUGGAGCCUAACUCAAAAAAGCAGAGUUCCCCUCAGUGUAAGAGAGAAGGCAAGUU